AUGGCGGGGAAUGGUAACGGACAGCACGACUUCAUCGAGUUCGUCGAGGACCUGUACCUCGCGUCCGAGGAGAAACGGAUGGUGCGCAUCAAGAAGGGGACCGAGUACCGGUGUUCGAUGCUCCGGGACCAGCACUUCUCGAGCCUCUUCCGCCACUACGGCAAGCACAACGGCGUCGACAAGGACGGCCUCGUCUUCUUCUUCACGGAGGAGCUCAUGCAGGAGCUCGACGGCAACGACACGCCGCGGAGCGUCCACCUCCGCAAGAACGACGUCAUCGUCAUCCGCCACCGAUACAAGGAGGAGCCCAAGGGCCUCUUCGUGCGCCUCGACCUCGACGAGCGCGACGCUUUGGCCGUCAUCGGCGCCUACCCGAGCGCGCGGAGCCUGAAGUCGGCCGACGGGCGCACGGCGCUCCACCACGUCGCGAAGCGCGCGGGCUACGACGAGCCGGAGAAGGUCCGGGCCGACCUCGCGCGGAAGGCGACGAAGCUCGCCGUCGACCUGCUGCUCCUGGGCUGCGACCCCUCGGCGACGAACCACUACGGGCAGACGGCGAUGAUGAUCGCCCUGGAGCACGCGAAGAUGGACGCGCCGGACGACCCGCACCGCGAGCUCGUCGGCGUGCUCCGGCCGCACGAGUUCAAGCGCCAGAUGGCCGUGAUCCGCGCGCACUUCGUCGGCCGCAAGGCGGGCGAGGGCCGCACGAAAAGCGCCGAGGACAUCAUCCUCAAGCGCGCGUGCACGUCGAAGAACGUCGACGUCCAGGGCGAGGCCAAGCACAACGCGGCCGUCCGCUUCCUCUUCUCCGCGCUCGCGCACGGGAACCAGGCGAGGAACUUCAAGCGCGUCGUCUGCUUCCUCUACGCCGGCGAGCGCAAGUCGAAAAUGGGCGAGAUCCCCAGCGCGGGCCAGGAGUUCGUCGCGACGAUCGUCGACGGGAAGGGCAAGCUCGGGUUCAAGCUCGCGCAGCAGCGCGUGCCCGGGGACUUUUACGCCUUCGUCGUCGAGCACGUGGACGCCGGCGGCGUCGCGGACGUCGCCGGCAUCCUGCGCGGCGCGCAGCUGCUCGCGGUGAACAACAAGCUCGUCGUCUUCGCCGGGAACAAGGCGACGGACUUUUACGAGGUGCUGGGCGUGGAGACGAACGCGUCGCGCGCGGCGAUCCGCAAGGCCUACCUCCAGAAGGCGCUGGACAGGGCAGGAAAAGGGUGUGAAAUUCCCAACUUCAAAGGCUCCGAUCUCGGCCGUUUUCCACUCGCGCUGGAGCAGCACCCGGACCGCGCGGCCGCGCGCGGCGAGGACCCGGGCGACGGCGGCGCCUUCGUGCUCAUCUCCGAGGCCUACGCCACGCUCGCCGACGAGAGCCACCGCGCGUCCUACGACGCCAUGCGGGGCUGCCGGGGCUGCUGCGUGGAGCUCGGCGACGUCGUCAAGAUGGUCCGGGGCAGCCCGGGCCCCGUGCGCCUGCGCUUCUUCGAGCCGCCGCUCUGCGAGCUGAGCGACUACCGGCGCGGCGCGGGCGCCGUGCGCUCCUUCGAGGGCGACGGCUGCGCCGUCGGCGCGCGGAGCGAGCCGCGGUCCGCGUGCGCCGUCGCGGCCGCGCCGUCGAUGAGCCGGCUCUCGUGGAUCGGCGCGGUCGCGCAGCGCGCGUCGGCGGGCGACGUCGACGCGCUCUACAAGCUCGGCGUGGACCACUGCCUGCGCAUCGCCGACGACUGGCCCGCGGCCGACGUCGAGGACGCGCUGGGCCACGCGCGGGCGUGCCUCGACGCCGCCAAGGCCCGGGGCGACCAGCGCGCGGCGACGUCCCUCAAGACGUUGGACGGUCUCGCGCGCGACGCCCAGGGCAACCGGGCCAACGACGGCCUGCGGUUCGCGGCGACGGCGUCGCCCCUCGCGGCCGCGGCGCUGCAGGACGACGCGGAGGCGCAGCUGCUGGUCGCGAUCGCGCUCGUGCGCAUCAACACGACGGGCGAGCGGCGCAAGGCGCUCCAGCACGCCGAGCGCGCCGCCGGGGCCGCGGCGCGGUCCGCGACGCGGGGCAAGAGCGGCACGCGCGAGCAGGACAUGGCGAAGACCUUAGUAUCGUCCGAGGCCGCGUACCUCGCGGGUUUGAUGCACCUCGUCGACUUCGACGUGGCCGAGGCGGAGAAGCUCUUCCGCGCGGCGGCGGACGUGGGCCACCCCUACGCCAAGGACCGCCUCAAGGAGCUCGGCGGCGCGCGGCCGCGCCGCGGCGGCUGCCUCUGCUGCCGCCCCGCGUACGACGCGGCCGCGCGGCGCCUCCUGCUGGUCGAGUCCUUCCGCGAGUGGGAGCAGAUCCGCGUCUACACGGCGCACGCGUCGCCGUCGCCGCCGCCGCCGCCGCCGCCGACGGCGUCCGUCGCGCCGCCCGCGGCGGCGGCGCCGCCGCCCGCGGCGCCGCCCGAGGAGAUCCCCGUCGCGUCGCCGACGUCGCCGACCGCGGUCCUCGCCGCCUUCCUCUUCUGCGACGGCGGCGCGUCCAAGUACUCCAAGGCCUUCAACGGCAUGAUCUGCUCGUCGAAGCGCGACGGCUUCGGGAGCAUGGUCUGCUUCGAGCAGGGGUCGAAGAAGACGCAGAUCCACGCGACGGAGGACGUCCUCGAGGACAUCGAGUACGCCUGGUCCCAGAACGCGGGCCACGCCGGCGACGACUUCGACGACAUGGGCGCGCAGGUCGCGCUCCACGUCGCGGAGCUCGACGACGAGGCGAACGCGGCCGCGCUCGUCCCCGCGGACUACGACUUCGGCGACGGCAACCCGCUCCAGCUCAUCACGGCCGUCGACGUCGACGACGUGCUGGAGACGGGCAGCGCCGGCGACGUGCUCAGCGACCUCGUCGACGACCUCGCCUUUUGCAAGGUCGUCCCGCCGGAGCUGCGCAAGGUCGGCCACGACGCGUCGGCGACCAUGGUGCGCCUGCUGCAGCUCGCCGUCGAGUACCUGCUCCACGUCCAGGAGGCCCUGGGCGACGAGGUCGUCGCCAAGGAGUCGGCGCUGCGCGAGCUCGCGGAAGACGCGAAGCGCGCGGCCGCGGCCGCGCGCGUCUCCGACGCGAAGCGCAAGGCGCUCGCGCGCCAGGUCGGCGAGUUCCGCGACGUGGCCCUCGGCAUCGCCUCGGCGGCGCGCGCCGCGGGCGUCGACACGGCGAAGUGGCUGCGGAGCCUCCAGGACGACGGCGGCGCGUACGAGGACGACUCGGAGGUCAUGGGCUCUUACGGCGCCGCGCGCGGCCGCGCCUGGGCCUGCGCCCAGUGCGGCAAGGCCUUCGUGAAUCGUGAAUAUUUAGAACAACAUAUACGGCGCAAGCACGGCGGGUCGCUCGCGGCGUCCGGCGACGCCGGGCUCGUCGCGAUCGCGCGCGCGUUCGAGGCCGUCGCGCGCGGCCCGCGGCCCGAGGCGUCGCGGCGGGAGCUGCUGGACUUUCUCCAGCGCGGCGGCCACCUGGAGGCCAUCUUCGGCGCCGCGCGCUCCGAGGCGGAGCGGGCCGUCGCGGAGGGGACCGUCGCGGCGCUGCUCGGCGACGCGUCGGCCGACGCGUGCGUCGGCCCGGCGGACCUCGGCGACUUCGUCGCCGAGCUGCGGCGCUGCCGGAGCGUCGCCCUGGGGGCUUUGCGCUUCGCCGGCGGCGACCUCCCGCCGGCGGCGCCGGCGCCCGGCGUGCUGCUCGGCGAGGACGUCGCGGAGGUCCACGUCGCGUGCGUGCGCGCCGCGGGCCUGCCGGCCAUCGCGGAGGCGGGCUGCGUCGUCGCCCUGUCGCGGGCGGGGCAGCGCGUCGCGGAGACGCCGCCGGCCGUCGGGUCCCGCGAGCCCACGUGGCUCACGUCGAGCCACGGGGCCACCGUCGCGGUGCCGCUCGCCGCCGACGAGCAGCGGCGCGAGCGCGGGCUCUUCGUGGAGGUCUUCGCGGGUGCUUGUCUGGUGGGCGUCGCCCACGUCCACGCGCGGAGCCUACUCUACGACGGCCUGCUCCGCGUGAAGCUCCGGCCCGACGACGACGAGUUCCCGGGGGCGGCGGCGGAUCUGGGGUUCGUGGAGUUGCGGUGCCGCGCGGCCGCGCGCGUGCGCCUCGAGAACGUCGAGGUCUUCGGGCUCGGCGCGGCGCCGCCGGGCGCGCCGUUCCUCGAGGCGCGCUGGCGCGGCGGCGCCGGGUCCGCGCCGUCCGUCGUCUGGCGGUCCGCGGCCGCGGUCCGCGCGUCGCGGCGGCCGGACUCGUUCGACCUCGUCGCGGAGCACCCGCUGCCGCUGGGUCUGCCCUUCGCGCGGCGCCACGCCGUCCUCGACGUCUUCGCCCUCUUCGUCGACGACGACGGCACCGAGGCGAGCUGCGGCGACGCCGUCGCGGUCGACGCCGCGGGGCUCCGGAGCCGCGCGUUCGCCGCGCGCGGCGAGCCCGUCGAGUUCGCCGCGGGGUCGGCGACGCGGGGCCUGCGCGCCGUCGCGAGCUGCUCGCCGCUGGCGGCGGAGCUCGGCGAGGUUUUGGAGGCGCGCUACCGCGAGGCCGCGGCGCCCGCGCCGGACCUCCGGCCCGCGGCGGAGCUCGCGAUGUUGGACGCGAACGCGAGCCACGGGCCCCUCGCGCCGGACGCGCCCGGCGCCGCCGGCGCGGCCCUCGAGGCCUUCGCGGGGGCGUGCAAGCUCGCCGACGCCGUCGACGGCGCGUCGACGGACGUGGCCUUUUUCCGGAGCGGCGCGCCGGUCGUCGUCGACGCGGACGGCGACGUGGCCAUCCGGCUCGCGAGGGCCGCGGACGGCGCCUGCGUGGCCCGGGGCGUGCUGGGUCCGCGGGCUCUCACGGCCGCGCGGCUGCUCAAGGUCGACCUGGCGAAGCGCGCGCGGGAGGCGACGUGGACGCGCGCGGCGGCGACGCUGCGCUGCCGGCCGCUCGCGCGCGUCCGCGUCCGCGUCUUCGAGGCCCACCUCCUCGCGCCGCCGCCGCGUAUUUUCGCGUCGCUGGCCGUCCUCGGCGACCCGGCGGCGCGGAGCGAGCCGACGGCGACGGGCGAGUGCGCGCUCGACGUCGACCUCCUCGUGCCGCGCGACGCGGCGCCGGGCGCCUACGUGGACGUCGCGGUCGUCGACGCGGCGAGCGGCUUGGUGGUGGGCGCGGCGUCCCUGGACCGCGCGGACCUGGCAACGCCGUCGAAGCGCACGACGCUGGCGCUCCGCGACGCGCGCGGCGCCGUCGCCGGCGAGUUAGCGGUCUGCGUCACAGCAUCGCCGGACGUCGCGGCGCCGCCGGACCGCAGCGACCUCGCGCGGUGCCGCGUCGCCGACGCGCAGCUCAGCGGCUUCGAGCUCGACGGUGCCUUGCUGGAGGGCGACGCCCUCGAGGUCGAGGCGGAGCUCGACGGCGUCGUCGUCGGGUCCGCGGCGCUCGCGCGGGCCGGCGACUCCUUCUCCGGCGCCGGAAACCUGCGCCUCGAGCUCCCCGUCGAGGCCGACGGCGCCCGGCGCCUGGCCCUGCGCGUCUACGACGGCGCGGGGGGGUGCGUGUUGGCCGGCGCGCUGCCCGUCGCCGAGGCGCUCCGCGGCGCGCGGACCGACGCCGCGGCGCCCCGGAGCCUCGCGCUGGCGUUGGCGCCGCCGCCGCCCGACGAGGCCGCGCUCGUAUCCAGCACGCUCCUCCCGUCCGCGCGCUCGAGCGUGAGCAUCUGCUCGCUCUCGAGGUUGUCCUUGCAUCGUAUAAUGACCAGCUCCCCGCCGCGCGCCGCGGCGCGCAGCUUCGAGAUCGCCGCGUUGAAGUCGUUCGCCGUGUCGUAG